AUGGAAGCUGCCAGUUCGAUUCCAGCUGGCAUUCCCGCUGCGGAGCCGGAGCGCGCCGCCCGCACACGCGGUGCGCAGCGCCCCCCCGCGGCCGCCGAGCGCCGGUGCGCGCCCGGCUCCGCCAGGAGCCGCGCUGGGAUCCCCCGCGGCUUUUGGCGCUCCGGGAACAGCUCCGGGCCCCUGCAACAGCGCCGUGUCCGUCAUACACUCACAUCUGACCGUGCGGAACGACCGCUCCAAACAGGGCACUCGGGCACUGCAGGACACGUGCUACAAAACCAACAAAUGUAUACCCCUGCCUCGCCCCGCCGCUGCCGGGCGGGCCCUGCCCAGCCCCCGGCGGUGCUCCCGCCUCUCCCCGCACCAUCGGGCCCCAACCCUCCCUUCGCUGGUUCUACGCAGGCGGUACCGGCGAGGCAGCCGCUCGUUUUAGGGCUUUCGCACGGACCCGGACAGGAUCGCUCGGGGCCGAGCUGCCCGCAGCGCGCAGGCGGCAGCGCCGGCCAGGGCUGCGCGUCCUCACGGGCCCCCGCACGCCCACAGCGGGGCCGGGCCGGCACACAGCCACUGCGUGUCUUCACCGUCCCCACACACCCACAGCGUGUCCUCACGGCCUCCCUCACGGCCUCCCACACGCCCACAGCGGGGCCGGGCCGGCACACAGCCACUGCGUGUCUUCACCGUCCCCACACACCCCGGGCCGGCACACAGACACUGCGUGUCUUCACCGUCCCCACACACCCACAGCGUGUCCUCACGGCCUCCCACACGCCCACAGCGGGGCCGGGCCGGCACACAGCCACUGCGUGUCUUCACCGUCCCCACACACCCACAGCGUGUCCUCACGGCCUCCCACACGCCCACAGCGGGGCCGGGCCGGCACACAGCCACUGCGUGUCUUCACCGUCCCCACACACCCACAGCGUGUCCUCACGGCCUCCCACACGCCCACAGCGGGGCCGGGCCGGCACACAGCCACUGCGUGUCUUCACCGUCCCCACACACCCACAGCGUGUCCUCACGGCCUCCCACACGCCCACAGCGGGGCCGGGCCGGCACACAGCCACUGCGUGUCUUCACCGUCCCCACACACCCACAGCGUGUCCUCACGGCCUCCCACACGCCCACAGCGGGGCCGGGCCGGCACACAGCCACUGCGUGUCUUCACCGUCCCCACACACCCACAGCGUGUCCUCACGGCCUCCCACACGCCCACAGCGGGGCCGGGCCGGCACACAGCCACUGCGUGUCUUCACCGUCCCCACACACCCACAGCGUGUCCUCACGGCCUCCCACACGCCCACAGCGGGGCCGGGCCGGCACACAGCCACUGCGUGUCUUCACCGUCCCCACACACCCACAGCGUGUCCUCACGGCCUCCCACACGCCCACAGCGGGGCCGGGCCGGCACACAGCCACUGCGUGUCUUCACCGUCCCCACACACCCACAGCGUGUCCUCACGGCCUCCCACACGCCCACAGCGGGGCCGGGCCGGCACACAGCCACUGCGUGUCUUCACCGUCCCCACACACCCACAGCGUGUCCUCACGGCCUCCCACACGCCCACAGCGGGGCCGGGCCGGCACACAGCCACUGCGUGUCUUCACCGUCCCCACACACCCACAGCGUGUCCUCACGGCCUCCCACACGCCCACAGCGGGGCCGGGCCGGCACACAGCCACUGCGUGUCUUCACCGUCCCCACACACCCACAGCGUGUCCUCACGGCCUCCCACACGCCCACAGCGGGGCCGGGCCGGCACACAGCCACUGCGUGUCUUCACCGUCCCCACACACCCACAGCGUGUCCUCACGGCCUCCCACACGCCCACAGCGGGGCCGGGCCGGCACACAGCCACUGCGUGUCUUCACCGUCCCCACACACCCACAGCGUGUCCUCACGGCCUCCCACACGCCCACAGCGGGGCCGGGCCGGCACACAGCCACUGCGUGUCUUCACCGUCCCCACACACCCACAGCGUGUCCUCACGGCCUCCCACACGCCCACAGCGGGGCCGGGCCGGCACACAGCCACUGCGUGUCUUCACCGUCCCCACACACCCACAGCGUGUCCUCACGGCCUCCCACACGCCCACAGCGGGGCCGGGUGCCUCCUCCGGGGCAGCUGGGGGUGGGAAUCGCCGCGGGGAGGGCGGCGAAGCGGUGCUCAGCUAUCCCUUAAAACAGCCCCAGCCCGCCCUUGUGUACAGCCAGCACUGCGCCUGGGCCGGGCUGCAGGGGGGGCGAAGUUAA